GGGCGGUUUUCUAAGUGCACCGACUCCUGGUUCACCACACGCGCAAUGCCAUACCCAGAAUCACCCUUCGGGGACGACUUCGAUGCGGGAAUCCUGGUCCGGAGGGCCGAUGACGACGAAACAAACGUCAGUGAGAUUCAAAUCGGGGAGGUCACGAAAUGGCUCUGCCAAGCGCCCAAAAUAACUUCUUUUAGGGUAAACACGCUCAAGGCCGACGUGGGAGAGGCACACAGAUGGAUCCGGGCACAUGUGAGUGAGGCAAUUUCGAUUUUUCGGCGGGCGUUACCGAUUAGUCACAUUGCAGGUGCAGGGCUGGACCUCCGCGUGGAGAGACACCCCAGCUGCGCGGACGCCGUCAUUGUCCACCACCCUGUAUCACACCAAACUCCCCAAAAACACAACAAAGAAAUUGUCGUUGAUGCGGUCUGUGGGGCCGCUGUCUUGCGGGGGGCCCACAUUUACGCCCCCGGGGUCAUAGGAAUGAUGUCAAACAUACAAAUUGGUGAUAACGUGAGCAUUUACGUCGAUCUCGACAAGAAAUGUAAAAAAGGCUUCCUCAAAUUAUACAACGGCAAGAAAACGUUCAUCGGAAACGGUGAAGUAAUCCUGGGACGUAAUCACCUAUUUUGCGAAACACCUCAAACCGGCCUCGCCAUAAAAAUGAUUGAAACAAUAUCAAGCUGUCCCCCCGUGUUAGGGGACAAUUUUUUACCCCCAGGUGCGGCCCUGCUACAAAAUUUGCCCUCCAUAAUUUGCACACACGUGCUUGCUCCGUGCCCCAAUGACACUAUUUUGGACAUGUGUGCUUCCCCGGGGAACAAAACAACGCAUAUUGCGGCCCUUUUGAAAAACCAAGGCAGAUUGGUCGCAAUUGACAAAACCCCGACUAAAGUUGCACAGUUGCGACAACGUUGCGAAAAUUUCGGGGCUAAAGUUGAAAUUUUACAAACCGAUUCGACCAAAUUACUCGAUCGUUUCUGUUAUGAAUCUUUUGAUAAAAUUUUAUUAGACGCCCCUUGUAGUGCUUUGGGCAAAAGACCGCAAUUUGUUAAUACAACGUCGCGGAAAAUUCUGCGAUCGUAUGUCCCCCUACAACGGAAAUUAUUCGAAACGGCCGUCCAACUUUUGAAAACGGACGGAACUCUGGUUUACAGCACUUGUACGAUCACUUUGGCUGAGAACGAGGGGAUUGUGGCUUGGGCUUUGAAAAACUUCAAACUCGAAUUGGUGGAAGCGGCCCCAAUUCUGGGCGGCCCUGGAUGGGACGGGACACAGUUGACUAGCGAACAACUGAAAAAAGUGCAGCGUUUCGGGCCACAUCAAAGCAUAGACUCUGUCGGUUUUUUUAUUGCAAAAUUUGUGAAAAAAUAAAUUAAUCCAUGUUGAA